AUGAACCUUUUAAGAUCUACAGUGACAAAAUCACUGGCAUCAUACAACAAAUCAGCAACUCUUUUACUUCUAAAUCAUGGUAGAAUACCCUUAACAAACACCAAUACUAUCAUACUCGGCCAAUCAAUUAUUAAAAGACAUAAUUCUACAGAUACUUCCAAAUCAUCAAAGAGUGCCAAUGUUCAAUUGACUUGGCCUGAUUUCUUUAAGAUGCGUAAAUAUGAACGCCGUGUAAAUGUUGGUGCAUCUGUCUUCACAGCUUUCCUCGGUUGUAAUCUAUCAUGGUUCUAUCUCUCCACUCUACAGAUUGACCCAACUCAAACUUUAUUUGGCUUUGAUCCAUUAGUUGUCAUUUCAGGGGGCCUUGUGGCAUCUGGUUGUGUGGGUUAUCUUUUUGGCCCAUUAUUUGGAUCUCAAAUAUUUAAUCUAUUACAUUUGAAAAAAUUAGCAGAUUUCAAAAUCAAAAAUAAAGAAUUCUUAAAACAUGUCAUUAAAAAUAGAGUCGAUGCCUCUUCACAAAGUUUCAGUAACCCUGUGCCCGAUUAUUACGGCGAAAGAAUUGGAUCUUUGAAAGAUUACAAGCAAUGGCUAAGAGAUUGUAACGCUUACAGAAGAAAAAGUAAAGAAUUCUUGUAA